CGGCGGCGGCGGACGCAGCCUGAGGGAGCGGCGGGCGGGGCGGCGCCUGGCCCGGCAGGGCCGCGCCGGCUGAGGGGCGUCCAUGGCGCGCGGGCCCCGGCGGGGCGCGGCCGCGGCCUGAGGGCGGCCAUGUCCGGGGUGGUGCGGACCCUCAGCCGCUGCUUGCUGCCGGCCGAGGCCGGAGCCCGCGAGCGCAGGGCGGGCGCGGCGCGCGACGCGGAGCGGGAGGCCCGACGGCGCAGCCGCGACAUCGACGCGCUGCUGGCCCGCGAGCGGCGCGCGGUGCGGCGGCUGGUCAAGAUCCUGCUGCUGGGCGCCGGCGAGAGCGGCAAGUCCACCUUCCUCAAGCAGAUGCGCAUCAUCCACGGCCGGGAGUUCGACCAGAAGGCGCUGCUGGAGUUCCGCGACACCAUCUUCGACAACAUCCUUAAGGGCUCGAGGGUGCUUGUGGACGCGAGGGACAAGCUUGGCAUUCCCUGGCAGCACUCUGAGAACGAGAAGCACGGGAUGUUUCUGAUGGCCUUCGAGAACAAGGCAGGGCUGCCUGUGGAGCCUGCCACCUUCCAACUUUACGUGCCAGCCCUGAGCGCACUCUGGAGAGACUCCGGGAUCAGGGAAGCCUUCAGCCGCAGAAGCGAGUUCCAGCUGGGUGAAUCUGUGAAGUACUUCCUGGAUAACUUAGACCGGAUUGGCCAGCUGAACUACUUCCCCAGUAAGCAAGACAUCCUACUGGCUAGAAAGGCCACCAAGGGAAUUGUGGAACAUGACUUCGUUAUAAAGAAAAUCCCAUUUAAGAUGGUGGAUGUGGGUGGCCAGAGGUCACAGCGCCAGAAGUGGUUCCAGUGCUUCGACGGGAUCACCUCAAUCCUGUUCAUGGUGUCCUCAAGCGAGUACGACCAGGUCCUCAUGGAGGACAGGCGCACCAACCGGCUGAUGGAGUCCAUGAACAUCUUCGAGACCAUCGUCAACAACAAGCUCUUCUUCAACGUCUCCAUCAUCCUCUUCCUCAACAAGAUGGACCUCCUGGUGGAGAAGGUGAAGUCGGUGAGCAUUAAGAAGCACUUCCCGGAUUUCAAGGGUGACCCGCACCGGCUGGAGGACGUCCAGCGCUACCUGGUGCAGUGCUUUGACAGGAAGCGCAGGAACCGCAGCAAGCCCCUGUUCCACCACUUCACCACCGCCAUCGACACCGAGAACAUCCGCUUUGUGUUCCACGCUGUGAAGGACACCAUCCUGCAGGAGAACCUGAAAGACAUCAUGCUGCAGUGAGAGACAGCCCCUCUGCCGUCCUCUCGUGGCCUCCGUGGCCUGUGGCCAUGUGUCUCUGGUGUGUCUGCCACCUGCGUGGACCUGCAGUGGGCAUCUCCAGUCCAUACCAUCUAAUACCUGGCUCAAGAGUGCUGGACUACCAACCACACCAGCGAGCUCCGGGCAAGAAGACGUGGGAGUGUCAGCGAUAGCUACUGAGUCGGGGACUGUGAAACUACUGAAUCCACGCCGUGGCUCUGGUGUUGAUCUGAAAACCUGGGAACACAGCUUUCUCCCUCCCUACAGAAACUCUUCCUUGCUGACACAACUUAACCAAGGUUCAGGUGUGCACAGACACACACGUGCUCUCAUUAAUGACAAACACAACCCCAGCUGGCCUUGCAGACGGCCCUUCCCUCAGACACUAACUCGGAAGCUUAGCCUUACACCAGGCUGUAGAGGGGCAUGUAAUGCUAAUCUCAGAGUGUCCAAGCUCCGGCCACAGCGCCACCUCCCAAAGUGAACACACUGCCUUUAAAAUUGUGCCAACACCCUCCAAGUCCCCACUCUGAGGCAUAUCAGGAUGAGCAAAGGAGCCGAGUCAGGAGUCCACACUCCUACUGUAGAGAACACAGUGGAGCUGUGAACCUGCCUCACUGCCCUGGUAGCCACUCACCGUGUCUCCAUGCCCAGUGGGCCACAGUGUGGAAAGGUGGCCUCGGAAGCAGCUCUGGCCAGCCUGUGCACACGUAGUGGUGCUCUCUCCUCCUCCCCCGUCCCUCCACAGCCCAUGGCAAAGACACAUAAUCAAGUGGCCUUGUAGGUUGCCUUACUUGACAGUUGGUGGCAUGUAGCAUCCCCUGUCCUGGGCCCUGGAAGUGGGCCAGACAUGCUCUGUAACUCUAGAGCAUCCUCAAGUCUUGGCUGCUUGGUGGGCCCAGCUACUGGUCCUUCAGGAGAAGCCCUGGGCUCUGCACACCACCCCUCACCAUUGCCUUCACUCAGUGCACUCUGCUCUCUGGGCGGCUGGCAGGCCGGGUCCGGUCACUCUGCGUACAAAGCCAGUCUGCACCCUCCUAGCCCUGGUGCAUGAGGGUGCAGAAGGCUGGGGACAUCAGCACAACCUGCUAAGCCUCAGCCUGGCCUGGCCAGCCUCCUGGCAGGCUUCGCACUGUUUCACAAUAUAUUGCAUUCCAGACCUGCCCCUCUGUACAUGAGUUACUUUCUGGGAGCUGGGGUGUGGCUUUUAGCUCCCCCAGAGCGUUCUUUGGCUCACUAACACAUCCAAGGGCCCUGUCUGCAACCGAAUUGCUCCUGACACUUGAUCCCUGUUGCAUCCUGGUCUUGGCUCAUUUUGGCCACCAGACACAUAGGAUUCUUGGAGCAGAUGCUAAGCCAGGAGACGGGAUGGGACCACUUGUUAGAGCCCUCAUCAUUGCAGUGCUCUGACUAGGAAAGAGUCUCACGCUCGCUUGCUGAGCUUCUGGCGCUUUCCUUUGGGGAGAGAACAGCUGUUCUGCCUGUUUCCCCAAGUCUGCACAAGCUGAGGGAUGUGGCCAGGUUAGUACAGGACCAGCAACCUUUCAGGGCUCUUUGGGGGUCUCAGGUCCACACACAGUCACCAAAUGCCCGAUGUAUCUGUCAGUGCUGAGACCCCAAACAGAUACAACCUGUUCCCAGCCACUGCUGGGGGCCACUGUGACCAAGGUGAGUGCGGGGUUGUCAGGGAGAGCGCUGUCCCUCUGACAACCUGGCCAUAUGAUAUGUACCAGUCACUUUGAAAGCCGGCAGCAUGUGAGUAGCAAGGUGUGAACUUGAGCUAGCUGGGCAGAAUGCAGGCAGAUGGGCAGAGGCCCACCAUCCUGGCGAGCUGAGCCUGGCUGUGUCCUUUCUGUUAGGACACCCCUACUCU